AUGCUCUCCUCCCCACUCAGGAUGGCUGUGGUGUGCAUGAGCAAAAUCAACAGGAGCAUGGAGGCCCACAUCAUCCUCAGGAGAAAAGGGCUAAGCGUCCAGUCUUUUGGAACUGAAUCUCAUGUGAAGCCCCCAGGACCAAGACCCGAUCGUCCUGUGGUUUAUGAUUUUGCAACAACAUAUAAGGAGAUGCACAAUGACCUCCUCAGGAAAGACAGAGGAUGCUACACCCAGAAUGGAAUCUUACACAUCUUGGGAAGAAAUGAGAGAAUCAAGCUGGGUCCAGAAAGAUUUCAGGAAUGCACCAAUUCCUUUGAUGUCAUCUUCACCUGUGAGGAGAGUGUCUAUGACGGAGUGGUGGAAGAUCUGUGUUCCAGAGAUCAGCAGACCUUGCAGACUGUGCACGUGAUCAACAUGGACAUUGAAAAUACUCUGAAAGGUGCCACCCUGGGAGCUUUCCUCAUCUGUGAGCUUUGCCAGUGCCUGCAGCAGGCAGAUGACAUGGAAGAAAGUCUGGAGGAAUUGCUGCUGCAAAUGGAGGAGAAGGCAGGAAAGAGCUUUCUUCACACUGUCUGCUUCUACUGA